AUGUUGUUUGUACAACUCUUUCUCUUUUUCAUUGCAAGCAAUGGGCUUUUCAUCCCGCAAAGCAUUCUGCCUGUACCCUCCGACGGCAAACUGCUUUCUGCCAAUUCAAACUCCUCGUUGAUUAACCCGCAAAAAGGGUUCGUCACAUUUUUGCAACCCUUUAUAGUGAUAAAAGAGAGCUUCAUUUCUAUGGUAACGCCUGUCGCCAUUCAAAACACAGCUACAAACGUUUUACAGCAUCUUGCUUUAGUCAGGCAGUUGAAUGCAAGCGGGGCUAAUCGUGAUUCGAAGCAGGUUUACUUAUCAUACACCAAUGGCACGCUCUUCAAAUCAUUUGACUUGGACGCCGGGGCUCUCAAGUUCAAUGGAAUCGACCCCAAGAAGCUUAUGGCAGAAAACUACGCCACACUAUUAAGUGAUAAUGCCAGUGGGGAAAUUCCACGAAAGGUUGUUUGCGACUAUAGUCGUAGACAUGCAGAGUUCACCUUGUGUUACGAGAAGAGCGAAGGGUUCACGAAACGUGAGGAGCCGCAGGUUUCCGCUCAGCUUUUGCAUCAGGUCUUUCUGAAAGUAAAGCAAGGAACUGAAAAAGUAAGUGAUAAUAUCGACUUUCUUGCGGAGAGCCCAAAGGAGUUUUUCUUGAACUUGGAUGAGAAGAUAGACGACAAGAUGAUGAAUAUUGCUGACAAGUGGGAGGAAGCAAAGAACAUGCCAGCAGUUAUUGAGCCGGACAUUUACCGUGAAACAAGUGAAGUACUCGUUGACGAAGUUGAGGAUUCUGAUGUGAGUGUUGAUUACGAUGGAUACCAAGAUUAG